AUGAUUCUGGACAAGACCUCAUACUGUGAAACUCACCUGGAUCUUCAUCAGAAACUGCAUUUAAAGAAACACAAACUGAUGGACCCUGUGGAGAAUAUAAAGGACUAUAUAUGCCAGAAACACGAGAGACCUCUGGAGCUGUUCUGUAGAGAUGAUCAGACGUAUGUGUGUGUGUUUUGCACUGAUGGAGACCACAAGACUCACAACACUGUUCCUCUAGAGGUGGAGAAAAAGAAAAAGACACAGAAAGACGUGCAGCAGAUGAUCCAGGACAGAAUCAAGAAGAUUCAAAACAUCAAACACUCAGCAGAACUCAGAAAAAAAAACACUGAGCAGGAGAAAGCAGCCAGUUUUGAGCUCUUCGGCGAUCUGAUGCGCUCCAUUGAGAGAUGUCAGGCCGAGCUGCUGGAGAUGAUGGAGGAGAAGCAGAAAGCAGCAGAGACACAUGAUGAAGAGCUCAUUCAAGAGCUGCAACAGGAACUCACUGAGCUCAAGAUGAGAAACACUGAGCUGGAUCGUCUCUUACACACUGAGGAUCACCUCCAGCUCCUACAGAUCGAUCCAUCCCUGUACAGUCCUCCACACACCAGGAGCUGGCCUGAGAUCAGUAUGAACACUGAUGUGAGUGUGGAGACUCUGAGGAGAGCUCUGACUCAACUUCAGGAAACUCUAGACGAGAAACUCAAUGAAUCUGUGUUGAGAGUGAUGCAGCAUUAUACAGUGGAUGUGACUCUGGAUCCUGAUACAGCUCAUCCAUAUCUCAUCCUGUCUGAUGAUGGGAAACAAGUGAGACAUAGAGACAUUAAACAUAAGCUCCCAAACAACCUGGAGAGGUUUGAUCACUAUCCUGGUGUCCUGGGAAAAGAGGGAUUCUCCUCAGGGAGAUUUUAUGUGGAGGGAAAGACUGACUGGAAUUUAGGAGUGGCCAGAGAAUCUAUUAACAGGAAGGGACUGAUCACAAUGUGUCCUCAGAAUGGAUUCUGGGCUGUGGCACUGAGGAAUGGGAAUGAAUAUUGGGCUUGUGCUGGCCCAUCUGUCUGUCUGUAUCUGAGAGUGAAGCCGCAGAAGGUGGGGGUGUUUGUGAAUUAUGAGGAGGGUCUGGUCUCCUUCUAUGAUGUGGAGUCCAGAUCUCAGAUCUGCUCUUUCACUGGUCAGUCUUUCACUGAGAAUCUCUAUCUAUAUUUUUGUCUCUUUAGUAAAGGUGAUAAAGAUCAACCCCCCCCCCCCCCCCCCCCCCCCCCGUAA